AUGCAAGAAGCAAAUCGUAAUACAGAUUUAAUAACACAAGCACAUCGAAUAUUAGAAGAUGCUAAUACACGUGGUAUUCAAACAUUAGAUGUUAUCAGUGAAUCAUCAUCACAAAUAUCGAGAAUUACAGAUAGAUAUAUUCUUAAUGAACAUUUGAUUAAUACAUCACGAGAUCUUAUUACUCAAUAUGAACGAAAAGCUAAAUAUGAAAAAUUAAUUAUUGUUUCUCUACUUGUGGUCUUUUUUGCGGUUGCACUUAAUAUUGUUAAAGAAAGAUUACUUUGGUCAUAUUAA